AUGUCCUACUACUUUGCCAUUGUCGGCACGCAGGACAACCCGCUGUUUGAGUACGAGUUUGGCACGUCGAAGCAGGGCGGUGAUGGCCAGGCGCACUUUGCCGAGCAGGCGCGCCACCUGAACCAGUUUGUCGUCCACAGCAGCCUCGACGUUGUCGAGGAGGUGCAAUGGGGCGGCAACGGCCAAAUGUGCGUGCCCCCCUCCCACCCCUACCUACUUACACCCUGCCGUCAUCCAGUUGUCACGCGUCUCUCCCCUGACACUCGUUCCAGGUACCUCAAGUGCGUAGACAAGUUCUUCCACAACUACGUGUCGUGCUUCAUCACGGGCUCCAACGCCAAGUUCCUGCUGCUGCACCAGCCGACGACGGCGUCCAAUGCGUUUGCCUACGGCUCCGGGGCGGGCGGCAUGGGCGCGGCAGGCGGGCCCCUGAUGGGCGCCAGCGGACUCCUGGGCGCAGGCAACAAUGCAUCGUCUGCGGUGACGGCGGCUGCCUCGUCCCGCGCGUCGACAUCCAUCGGGGCGAACCCCACGAGCGCUGCCACCGAGGAGGCCAUCAAGAACUUCUUCAACGAGGUGUACGAGAACUGGGUUAAGACGACCAUGAGUCCCUUUUACAAGGCCAACAUGGAGAUACGGAGUCCGGUGUUCCGCACGCGGGUGGCCGCUGCUGGCAAGAAGUACUUAUAG